AUGACACCAGCAUCAAGGUCGGACUAUCGCUACAUCGUGACGUUCAUGAUGAAGAAAAGCCGCUAUGCGAUGGUCUUCCCGCUAUGCAAGAAGAGCGAUGCCACCAAAGCCUUUAAUAGGUACAAUCACGAUGUUGAGCUCGAAUGCAUGUUGGACGUGAAGGUGUUACGCAGUGAUAAUGGCGGUGAAAACUGA